AUGCGCGACGGGGCGAGAUCUGGAGAAUGCGGGGCCAAGGCGAGCCGCCCAGUCAGCUUAAAGCGACCAAACAACCGCAGCGAGCGAAACCAAACCGCUCUCCCUCCCCUAGCUAGCUCCCCAGUAGCCCGCAAGCAAGGCAACAAGGCGGCCACGAGCGUGAUGGUCCUGGACGGCUCGACGGUGCGCGCCUUUGUGGCGGACGAGGCGGCCUUCGCGCGCAGCGUGGACGCGCGCUUCGCGGCGCUGGACGCCAACGGCGACGGCGUGCUGUCGCGCGCCGAGCUCUGCCGCGCGCUCGAGUCGUUCCGCCUCCUCGACGGCGCCGGCUUCGGGUCCGCCCGGCCCGCGCCGCUCCCCGCCGAGGUCGCCGCGCUCUACGACGCCGUCUUCGAGCAGUUCGACGCCGACCACAGCGGCGCCGUCGACCGCGCCGAGUUCCGUGACGAGAUGCGCCGCAUCAUGCUCGCCGUCGCCGAGGGGCUCGGCUCGCAGCCGCUCCAGGUCUGCACCGCUAAGGAGCUCGCGCUGCUCCGCUCCCUCGUCGCCGCGCGCGCGCCGUGUAGGCUGCUAGUGUUCGGCCUCUCCCCGCCGCUCCUCGCGCUCGCCAGGCUCAACUCCGGCGUCGGCGCCGGCUCCGGGGCCGCCACGGCCUUCGUCACCGACAGCGCUGACGACGCGGACGACGCGCACCACGUGCUCAGUUCCGGGCGCCAGGCCGGCGGCGAGCAGCUGGCGGCGAGGAGGGUGGCCGGCGAAGAUGGCAGCCUGCACUCCCGCGCCCUGCGACUGCGACAGACGGGCAGAGCCUCCAUGUUGUGCGGGAGGACUCGGGUGGAGUCACGAGUACUCGCCGUCACCCAGCCGCAUCAAAACUCGCACCCAACCCGCACUCAAUAAAAACCCAACCCGCCCCAACCCAAUAGAUCCUAAAACCCAUUCCCACCCAUACCAAUUAGAUCCACAUCAAUAUCCGAUCCAAAAAAACCCAAAACAACCCGACCCACUAACAGGGCUACCCGCCCACGAUUCCGCGCCGAAAUGGACACCCGAUGUCUUCCUCUGUUGGCCUUGGCCAGUGGCCACUGGAAUCGUAUAUGCUGCCUGUGAAUUCGGAAAGUUUUUCUCCGACUAAAAUACAAAAGGAGAAUCAGAGAUCAAUUGCUACA